AUGGUGAUUUUGCUUGAUGAUACACCAAAGAUGUUCAGCUAUAACCCUUUCAAGAAAAAGAUAAGAGAGUUGUUCAACGAUGAAUUAUUUCCUCACUAUUUGAACAAUAUGGAAGAGUUCAACCUGAGAGUGUCCAUGUUUGAGCAAUGGCCUAGAGUGAGCAAGAAGAGUGGUCAGUGGAGAGGUGAAGACGUAACACUUCUUCAGAUCCUUGGUAAACUGCUCAAUGCGAAUAUAACAAUUGUAGAAACACCAGCCAAGGAUGGUUAUGAAGGAGCAUAUGAAAGUAUCAUGAACAACGAAAGCGACUUCUGCUUCGUUAAGUUUUUUCAGGUCGAUGAAUUUGACGACAUUGAAUUCUCAGCACCGUUAGAAUUGAAUUCCAUUGAAUUGAUGGUACCAAACCCUAAACCUAUACCAACAUAUCUAACAAUAUUCAUGGUGUUCAGUGUUGGAAGCUGGGCCUUCAUAGCAGUUAUGUUUAUUCUUGUUAUUGUCUGUUUUAAAGUGUUCAGUAUGUGUUUGAAUACCCCUAAGAAAUGGAAACUUGGUGAUAUAAUAAUGAUGAUGAUUUUGAUAGCACUGAACUGGAGCGUGAAGAACUUGGAGAAAGUCCAGAAACUUCUGAGGAUAGUCCUUUUUCCUUACAUAAUUAUAAGUCUCAUUGUAUCUGUUGCUUUCCAGAGUCAUCUGUUGACCAGACUUCAAUUUAUGUUUUACUACGACGAGAUUAGAAAUCUGAAAGACGUGGCUUUAUCGGGAUUUCCAAUAUAUACUUUUGUCCAUUUGCCAUACCCGCCUCCAGAAAUAAUAAAGGACCAGGUCAUCGCACUGUCUCACCUAAAUUACUCAAGAUUGACAGAGGGCAGAAAACUAGUAGUACUUGGCCUGCCAUUUCUCCAAAGAAAAUCCCCUCCAAGAAAACCAGGAACGCCUAAUAGAUUCAAAUUCUAUCCCAUUGAUCAAGUUUUAGCUCGUGGUUACGGAGUGUAUAUGUUUCGUAAGCAUUCACCAUUUGUAUCCAAAAUCAGCAGGGUUAUGUCGAGUAUAAAACAAUACGCGCUGACAGAGUCCAAGGUGGUCGAUAAGUCUAGUAGAAUUGUUGAAGAUAUCAAAAUGGAGGACUUCGAUAAAGACUACCUUACGCUGUUUGAAAUGGCCAGUGUAUUUUGUAUAUUGAUUUUUGGUCUAGCUCUCAGUAUUUUGAUUUUUUUAGCAGAGUUAUAUUAUGUGAAAUUUCAAUAA